AUGGCUUCUAUUAAUGAAAAUAUUGAUUCAACAGAGAAAAUGGAUAUUGAAUACAAACAGUCAGAAGAAAUGAAAAAUGAUUCUGAUUCACUUUCUCAAACGCAAUCUAUGACAAUAGACAACGAGAACAAUGUUACUGAUGUAGAUAUAUCUAUACCGUCAUGGAAUUUGAAAUUCUUUGGUUUUGUAAUUCCAAAUCGAAUUAUUGCUAUUGGAAUAUUUUCAUUAUUCGCAUGUAUAGCAAUGAUAAUUGGUAUUAUAAUUGUUUGUCUUACUUUACCGAAACGUCAACCAACACAAUGUGGAUUAAAUUUGGCACGAAUAUCCACAAAUCCAAUUGAAUAUAAUUAUGGUCCACAACACGUUGCUAUUGGUGAUUUUAAUGAAGAUACUUGGAUAGAUUUCGUUAUAGCUAACUGGGAUGUUAAUCUUAUUAGUAUAUAUUUUGGAUUCGAAAAUGGGACAUUUUCUAAACAAAAUCAAUAUUCAACUGGUGUUAAUUCAAAUCCAUUAAUGACUGCUGUGAGUGAUCUCAAUAAUGAUUUACAUUUAGACAUUGGAGUUGUAAACUAUGGUACUCAUACUAUUGGGAUAUUUUAUGGAUUCGGUAAUGGAUCUUUUCAAGAGCAAGUUGGAUUCUCAACAGGUAUUUCAAGACCAAUAUCAAUUAGCUUAACUGAUUUAAAUAAUGAUACAUUCGUUGAUAUUAUUAUUAUUAAUGAAGGGACAAAUAGUUUUAGUAUUUUGUAUGGAAAUGGAAAUGGAAAUGAAAGAUUUUCAAAUUCAAUAACAUAUUUCACUGGAUAUGAUUCUUUACCAUAUGCAUUAGCUACAGGUGAUUUUAAUAAUGAUGAUCUAGUAGAUAUUGUUAUUGCAAAUUAUGGAACAAAUAAUAUUGGUCUUUUCUUUGCUAAUCAUAAUAAUACUUUUCAAAAUCAAUUGAUUAUUUCAACUGGUGUUGAUUCUCAUCCAACUUCAAUUACUGUUGGAGAUUUUAAUUCUGAUAAAUAUCUUGAUAUCGCUAUUACUAAUUAUGGAACAAAAGUGAUUUGUGUAUUUUUAAAUGAUCAAAAUGGAAGUUUUACAAAAUCAACAUUCUAUUCGAUUAAUUCUUCUUCACCAUAUUCAAUCGAUGUUGGUGAUUUUAAUGGAGACAAGAAAUUAGAUUUGUUUAUUGUUAAUAUAGGUACGAAUAAUAUUGGAUUACUUUUAGGAUUAGGAAAUGGAAGUUUUGAAGAAGUAAGAAUGAAUUCAACCGGUUCUUAUUCAUCAAUAUCAUUGGCUUUACACGAUUAUAAUAAAGAUAAUCGAUUAGAUGUUAUUAUUGUUAAUAACGAUACUGGAAGUAUUGAUAUUUUAAAUGGGUAUUUUGAAGGUUUUCCUACUCCUGAACAGUAUAUUUUUUACUAUGGACCAAACUUGGUAAUUGCUCAUGAUAUAAACAAUGAUAAAAUAUUAGAUUUAAUAACUCUCUGUCGUUCUGAUAAUAUCAUUUAUAUCCUUCCUGGAUCUAGAAAUGGAUUAUUUCCAUGGAAAAUAGUAUAUGAUACUGAUUCUAGUCCAUAUGCCGCAACGGUUGGUGAUUUUAAUAAUGAUGGUAGAAUAGAUAUAGUUGUUGUUAACGCUGAUAACAAUAAUAUGGACAUAUACUUUGGAAAUGGUGAUGGUACCUUUCCAAGUCUACGAAGAAUACAAACAGGGUCCUUUCCAAAUUCUGUGGCUGUUGGUGAUUUUAAUAAAGACAAUCAAUUAGAUAUUGUUGUCACAAAUAAUUAUAACAACAGUGUUAGUGUGUAUUUAGGAUACGGAAAUGGCUCUUUCGCAUCACAAGUGACAUAUUCAACUGGUUCUCAACCACAAUAUGUAGUAAUAGGUGAUCUAAAUAAUGAUAAAUGUCUUGAUCUAGUUGUUGUUAAUUAUUUUGGAAAGAGUAUUAGUGUACUUCUUGGAUAUGAUAAUGGAACGUUUGCAAAUCAACUAAUAUCUUCAGCUGGCUAUUAUCCAACGUUUAUAGCAAUCAAUGAUUUUAAUAAUGAUACUCAAAUGGAUGUUGUUGAAAACAACAUGCAUAGUGGCACUGUGAGCGUUCUACUUGGAUUUGGGAAUGGUUCUUUGGCAAAGCCAGUUACAUAUGGAACAGGUAGUCUUCCAUCGUCUAUAUCCAUUGCUGACAUGAAUAAUGAUACGCAUUUGGAUCUAGUAGUUGCUUGUGCCGGUACAGCAUAUACAUAUAUAUUAUUUGGAUAUGGAGAUGGUUCAUUUAGCAAUGCUGUUUCAUAUUUUACAAAUAUGUAUUCACCUUCUGUAGCUAUCGGAGACUUUGAUGAAGAUACACGAUUGGACAUGGUUGUAACAGAUCCUCUUAACGUCUGUAUAGGUGUAUUACUGCAAUACAAUAGAGGUGCACUGGCGAAUAAACAAACUUAUGCAUCUGGUGGAAGUUCAAAAUUACGAUCAAUGGUCAUUGGCGAUAUAAAUAAUGAUACUCAUUUAGAUAUUGUUGUUGCUAAUUAUGGUACUGAUGAUAUUAGUAUUCUAUUUGGAUAUGAUAAUGUUACUUUUCCAAUUCAUCUAACAGUUAAUAUGGAUUCAAAUUCUCAUCCAUCAUCAGUUACUUUUGGUAAUUUUAAUGAUGAUAAACAUUUAGAUAUUGCUGUAACUCUUGCUGGUUUGCAUCAAGUUGGAAUAUUACUUGGAAAUGAACAAGGAUCAUUUAUUCGGCAAGCAGUUUAUCAAACUCCUUCAAUAUCUCCUCCACUAGUUGUUUCUGCUGGUGAUUUUAAUAAUGAUGGACAAUCAGAAACCGUUGUUGGAUAUGAUGAUAACGAUAGUAUUGAUAUAUUCACUAUAUACAAUACGGGAUCUUUUAGAGAUCUUAAGAAAUAUUCAGUUGGCGGAGCUCCAAAUUUUGUCGUCUUAGACUAUAUUAAUCAUGAUAGCUACAUCGAUAUUGUCGUUGUUAAUACAGAUUCUGAUGAUAUAAGUAUUUUAUUGGGAUAUGGUAACGGUAAUUUUGCAGAUGCUAUAACAUAUUCAAUUGAUUCUCGUCCAUUUUCGGUGGCAGUGGGCGAUUUAAAUAAUGAUAAUCGAUCGGAUUUAGUGGUGAGCUAUCUUCAAAGUGCUAGAAUUGAUGUUUUAUUAGGAUAUGGAAAUGGUAGUUUUGCAAAUCCAAUUAAAUACGCAAUUGAUUCGAUGUCAUAUUGUGUAGUAAUGGAUGAUUUUAAUAAUGAUAAUUGUUUAGAUGUGGCUGUUGCUGCUUAUAAUACUGGUUAUAUGUACGUAUUCUUAGGAUAUGGUAAUGGUUCCUUGUCAACACCACGAAAAUUUAGGACUGGUGCUUCGCCGGUAUUUUUGAUGGUCGCUGAUUUUGAUUAUGAUACGCAUCUGGAUUUAGUUGUUACCAAUUAUCUAUCGAAUACUGUUGGUAUUUUCAUUGGAUAUGGUAAUGGUUCUUUUAAAGAACAAAUAACAUAUUCAGCUGAUUGGAGACCAUGGGCUUUAACAGUUGGAGAUCUAAAUAAUGAUGAUAGAUUGGAUAUUGUUGCGGCUACAAUAGCAUUUUCUACAAUAACUAUUCUGUUUGGAUAUGAAGAUGGAUCUUUUAUAAAUAAUACAAUAAUUCCAGUUGGUAAUAUUCCAGAGUCUGUCGGUAUAGGCGAUUUUAAUAAUGAUAGCUAUCCAGAUAUUAUUGUUGUUACUGCUAGUGAAAAUUUUGUCAGCAUUCUAUUAGGAUAUGGAAAUGGUUCAUUUGCUACUCAAAUUAAAUGCCCAACUGGUUCUACAGCAGGAUCAGUAGCUAUUGCAGAUUUGAAUAAUGAUCGUCUACUUGAUAUCGUUGUAGUAGGUGAAACAACACAAUGUGGAUUAAAUUUGGCACGAAUAUCCACAAAUCCAAUUGAAUAUAAUUAUGGUCCACAACACGUUGCUAUUGGUGAUUUUAAUGAAGAUACUUGGAUGGAUUUCGUUAUAGCUAACUGGGAUGUUAAUCUUAUUAGUAUCUAUUUUGGAUUCGAAAACGGGAAAUUUUCUAAACAAAAUCAAUAUUCAACUGGUGUUAAUUCAAAUCCAUUAAUGACUGCUGUGAGUGAUCUCAAUAAUGAUUUACAUUUAGAUAUUGGAGUUGUAAACUAUGGUACUCAUACUAUUGGAAUAUUUUAUGGAUUCGGUAAUGGAUCUUUCCAGGAGCAAGUUGGAUUCUCAACAGGUAUUUCAAGACCAAUAUCAAUUAGCUUAACUGAUUUAAAUAAUGAUACAUUCGUUGAUAUUGUUAUUAUUAAUGAGGGGACAAAUAGUUUUAGUAUUUUGUAUGGAAAUGGAAAUGAAAGAUUUUCAAAUUCAAUAACAUAUUUCACUGGAUAUGAUUCUUUACCAUAUGCAUCAGCUACAGGUGAUUUUAAUAAUGAUGAUCUAGUAGAUAUUGUUAUUGCAAAUUAUGGAACAAAUAAUGUUGGUCUUUUCUUUGCUAAUCAUAAUAAUACUUUUCAAAAUCAAUUGAUUAUUUCAACUGGUGUUGAUUCUCAUCCAACUUCAAUUAGUGUUGGAGAUUUUAAUUCUGAUAAAUAUCUUGAUAUUGCUAUUACUAAUUUUGGAACAAAAAUGAUUUGUGUAUUUUUAAAUGAUCAAAAUGGAAGUUUUACAAAAUCAACAUUCUAUUCGAUUAAUUCUUCUUCACCAUAUUCAAUCGAUGUCGGCGAUUUUAAUGGAGACAAGAAAUUAGAUUUAUUUAUUGUUAAUAUAGGUACGAAUAAUAUUGGUUUACUUUUAGGAUUAGGAAAUGGAAGUUUUGAAGAAGUAAGAAUGAAUUCAACCGGUUCUUAUUCAUCAAUAUCAUUGGCUUUACAUGAUUAUAAUAAAGAUAAUCGAUUAGAUGUUAUUAUUGUUAAUAACGAUACUGGGAGUAUUGAUAUUUUAAAUGGGUAUUUUGAAGGUUUUCCUACUCCUGUAAAGUAUUAUCUUGACUAUGAAUCAAACUUUGUAAUUGCUCAUGAUAUAAACAAUGACAAAAUAUUAGAUUUAAUAAUUCUCUGUCGUUCUGAUAAUAUCAUUUAUAUCCUUUCGGGAUCUAGAAAUGGAUUAUUUUCAUGGGAAACAGAAUAUUAUACUGGUUUUAAUCCAUGUGCUGCAACGGUUGGCGAUUUUAAUAAUGAUGGUAGAAUAGAUAUAGUUGUUGUUAACGCUGGUGACAAUAAUAUGGGCAUAUACUUUGGAAAUGGUGAUGGUACCUUUCCAAGACGACGAAGAAUACAAACAGGUUCUUUUCUAAAUUCUGUGGCUGUUGGUGAUUUUAAUAAAGACAAUCAAUUAGAUAUUGUUGUCACUAAUAAUUAUAACAACAGUGUUAGUAUAUAUUUAGGAUACGGAAAUGGUUCUUUCGCAUCACAAGUGACAUAUUCAACUGGUUCUCAACCACAAUAUGUAGUAAUAGGUGAUCUAAAUAAUGAUAAAUGUCUUGAUCUAGUUGUUGCCAAUUAUUUUGGAAAGAGUAUUAGUGUACUUCUUGGAUAUGGUAAUGGAACGUUUGCAAAUCAACUAACAUCUUCAGCUGGCUACUUUCCAACGUUUAUAGCAAUCAAUGAUUUUAAUAAUGACACUCAAAUGGAUGUUGUUGAAAACAACAUGUAUAGUGGCACUGUGAGCGUUCUACUUGGAUUUGGGAACGGUUCUUUGGCAAAGCCAGUUACAUAUGGAACAGGUAGUCGUCCAUCAUCUAUAUCCAUUGCUGACAUGAAUAAUGAUACGCAUUUGGAUCUAGUAGUUGCUUGUGCUGGUACAGUAUAUACAUAUAUAUUAUUUGGAUAUGGAGAUGGUUCAUUUAGCAAUGCUGUUUCAUAUUUUACAAAUAUGUUUUCACCUUCUGUAGCUAUCGGAGACUUUGAUGAAGAUACACGAUUGGACAUGGUUGUAGUAGAUCCUAAUGAAGAAUCUAUAGGUGUAUUACUACAAUACAAUAGAGGUGCUCUGGCGAAUAAACGAACUUAUGCAUCUGGUGGAAGUUCGAAAUUACGAUCAAUGGCCAUUGGCGAUAUAAAUAAUGAUACUCAUUUAGAUAUUGUUGUUGCUAAUUAUGGUACUGAUGAUAUUAGUAUUCUAUUUGGAUAUGAUAAUGCUACUUUUCCAAUUCAUCUAACAGUUAAUAUGGAUUCAAAUUCUCAUCCAUCAUCAGUUACUUUUGGUAAUUUUAAUGACGAUAAACAUUUAGAUAUUGCUGUAACUCUUGCUGGUUUGCAUCAAGUUGGAAUAUUACUUGGAGAUGAACAAGGAUCAUUUAUUCGGCAAGCAGUCUAUCAAACUCCUUCAAUAUCUCCUCCACUGGUUGUUUCUGCUGGUGAUUUUAAUAAUGAUGGACAAUCAGAAACCGUUGUUGGAUAUGAUGAUAACGAUAGUAUUGAUAUAUUCACUAUAUACAAUACGGGAUCUUUUAGAGAUCUUAAGAAAUAUUCAGUUGGCGCAGCUCCAAAUUUUGUAGUCCUAGACUAUAUUAAUCAUGAUAGUUACAUUGAUAUUGUGGUUGUUAAUACAGAUUCUGAUGAUAUAAGUUUACUUUUUGGAUAUGGUAACGGUAAUUUUGCAGAUUCUAUAACAUGUUCAAUUGAUUCUCGUCCAAUUUCGGUGGCAGUGGGCGAUUUAAAUAAUGAUAAUCGAUCGGAUUUAGUGGUGAGCUAUCUUCAAACUACUAGAAUCGAUGUUUUAUUAGGAUAUGGAAACGGCAGUUUUGCAUAUCCAAUUAAAUACGCAAUUGAUUCGAUUUCAGUUUGUGUAGUAAUGGCUGAUUUUAAUAAUGAUAAUUGUUUAGAUGUGGCUGUUGCUGCUUAUAAUACUAGUUAUAUGUAUGUAUUCUCAGGAUAUGGUAAUGGUUCCUUGUCAACACCGCAAAAAUUUAGGACUGAUGCUACGCCAGUAUUUUUGAUGGUCGUUGAUUUUGAUUAUGAUACUCAUCUGGAUUUAGUUGUUGCUAAUUAUGAAGCAAAUACUGUUGGUAUUUUCAUUGGAUAUGGUAAUGGUUCUUUUGAAGAACAAAUAACAUAUUCAGUUGAUAGGAGACCAUGGGCUUUAACAGUUGGAGAUCUAAAUAAUGAUGAUAGAUUGGAUAUUGUUGCGGCUACAUUGGGAUUUUCUACAAUAACUAUUCUGUUUGGAGAUGAAGAUGGAUCUUUUAUAAAUAAAACAAUAAUUCCAGUUGGUGAUAUUCCAGAGUCUGUCGGUAUAGGUGACUUUAAUAAUGAUAGUUAUCCAGAUAUUAUUGUUGCUAAUUUUGGUGAAAAUUUUGUCAGCGUUCUAUUAGGAUAUGGUAAUGGUUCAUUUGCUACUCAAAUUAAAUGCCAAACUGGUUCUGCAGCACGAUCAGUAGCUAUUGCAGAUCUGAAUAAUGAUCGUCUACUUGAUAUCGUUGUAGUAGGUGAAAGUAAUGUAAUUACAAUGUUUGGUUAUCCAAAUCUUGUCUUGCGAAAACAAACGGGUCUUGUAACUGGGAAUAAUUCUCGAUCAAGAUCAUUUGUUAUUAAUGAUUUUAAUAAUGAUAAUCAUAUGGAUAUUAUUGUAGCUAAUUCAGGCACUAAUAAUAUUGGUGUUUUUCUUGGAUACGGAAAUUUUUCUUUUACAAAUCAAACAACAUAUUCAACUGGUUUAAACUCAUCUCCAUAUUCAAUAGCAACCGGUCAUUUUAAUAAUGAUACUUAUUUAGAUAUUGUUACAGCUAACUUUCGCUCGGAUAGUAUUGCAGUCUUUCUUGGUUAUGGCGAUGGAUCAUUUACAAAUCAAACAACAUAUUCAACUGGUUCAUCAUCAUCUCCUUAUUCAAUAUCUGUUGGAUAUUUCAAUAAUGAUUUAAACCCUGAUAUAAUUGUUAUUAAUUAUAAUAAUAAUAAAGUUGGAAUUUUUCUUGGUCAUGGUAAUGGAAUGUUUGAUGUUAUUCGACUUUAUUCAAUGUCAUAUGGAUCUCAUCCAUCUUCACUUGUUGUUGCUGAUUUUAGUGAUGAUGGAAAAAUGGAUUUUGCUGUAAUUAAUAAUGGUACUGAUAGUUUAAGUAUUUAUUUACAAACAUGCUAA